GAUGGCUUCCAAAACAAUGUUUUUAUUUUGAGAAGUGUGUCAUUUUCAGUUAUUGAAAGGAAAUAUACUUUACACUAAAAAUGACAUCGAUUCUUGAAAUUGGAGAAGGUGGAAUAGAUCCCCAGGCAGAAGUUAGAAAACUUCAGGAUUUAGUAAAAAAGUUGGAAACACAAAAUGAAGUGUUACGUCAAAAACAAAAACUUGCAACUAAAAGUGAUACAAACGUUAUUGAAAAUGACGGUGAAGUUUUAAAGCCCACAGUGAACAAUAGUGUAUUUUACAAUUCCAGAAAACACUCAGAUAAACGCGAUGUUUCAAUAAAUAAGUCAGAAAGUUUAGAAACUGUCGAAUUGAUAGAUUUGAGUAAUUCAGACAAUGAUGCUGAAGAUAGUUGGUUGUAUAGUUCUCCGCGUCCAUUGACUCCACAGCAACACAGAAUGUCUCCUUAUAAAUGGAUCCGUCAAGACCUGGACAACCCUAGUCCUGAAGUACACUCUGCUAGAAAGGCCCUCAAAUUUAAGCUGGAUGAAGUAGCCAGAAUGAGUAGAAGCAGCAGCACACCUGUGCUUCAAGAUUUCACCACAGCGCCCACCCAGCCACCAACCAUGAGUCUGUCGGCAGACAGUGCAACCUCCCCUAGGAUCAUGAAACCCAGCUCCAAACCCUCCAUGGUAUACAACUCCAGUCUGCAAGGAGGCAACAGGAUAAACACAGGCACCUUUACUAGGCCAAAAAAGUCACCCAGCUCUGAUAAACCCAGUCCAGAGGCAGUUGAGAAUGGCCUUGAACACGUGGAGAUGGUUACACACCACCAGAAUGUGGCGGAUAUAGAGAAUCUGGCUAAGCAGCAGGAGGAAAGUUUGCGACAAAGUAUUGCGCAAUCAUCGCCAAGAAGAGGCUUUAGGUCACGACCUUUGCCAAACAUGGGCAGUUCCCAAGGUAACGAUACAAAUAGUGUGUCCUCUGCCGACUCGAAUAGAUCGAGUCCUGUGAGAUUGGAGGACAAUGAGGGUCGUCGUGACAGCAGUAAUUCGGUAGGGUCUGAUCACAGCAGCCCUUCCGAUAGCCCGUAUGGUAGCAGUCAGCACCUGAAUGUUCAGAAUGCAGGUCACUCCAACUUUAGAGGCAGUGCGCCAAACAUGUCGAGACUGAUCCCUCGUGUGCAACACCACAACAGUGAGUCCAGUCUGGCAGACUUUACGUCCAAUGAGAAUGAGGAGCAAUAUGAGGAAGAACCCACCAGAUAUGUCAGUAGGGUACCACCGAGUCAGAUGGCCCGGCCUGCAUCUCCGAGUGUGAGUGGAUUGAAGCAGCCCCAGCGUCUGAGUAGAGGGGGCUCCCCCCAGAGGUCAGGCCUGCCCACCCCCAGGCGGUCAAUACCCCGUCCGGCCAGCACCCCCAGAUCUAGUAUAGCCUCACCGUCACCCAAAAGGAUAUCUGGACUGCCUGCCCCACAAACUCGAGUCAGUCAGCAAAAGCCCAGAUAUGAUGAUAACUGGAGAGAUGGCUGCUUCUAGAUGCAAUGCUUUAAACUUGGUUCAAGGAUCUUCAAUCAUUAAAAAUAUAAAGUGUUAAUAUUUGGUUGUUAAGGUUACUUAAAUGUGGAAAAAGGUUUCUUGGCAUUAACUUUAUUUGUGGACUUUUGGAAGGAAAUGUGAUAAAUGUUCUUUAAUUGAGAUAAAUUAGUAUCACCAUUUCAACUU